AUGAUCCAAGCGAUAAUAAGUGAUGAGCUACAAAAGUCUCAAUACUUCUCCAUUAUAGUAGAUGAAAAAAAAGACAUCAGUAAAAUAGAGCAGAUAUCAGUAGUUAUAAGAUACUUUUUGAAUGGUGUAAUUUAUGAGCGUUUUAUGGGCUACCGAGCAGCUGAGUCAUUAUGUGCUAAAUCUCUUCACGUAUAUAUUAAAGAAAUUAUUGCCAAUGGUGAUAUUGAUGUUAUGAAAUGUGUUUCACAAACUUAUGAUGGGGCCAGUGUGAUGAGUGAACGGUUGAAUGGGGUUCAAGCAUUGUUUCGUGAAGAAGUACCUCAAGCCAUUUAUGUGCACUGUUAUAACCAUAGACUUAAUCUCAUUAUAUCCGAUGUUUAUAAAAAUGUUACAAAUGUAAAAAUUGGUAUAGUGGAGAAUGUAUACAUAUUUGUAUCCGGUUCUUCUGUACAAUAUGCAAAAUUUGUAAAAAUUCAAAAAGAUAUGAAAUACAAAUCUAUUAUUGAGCUAAAAAUAGUAUGCUUUACACGAUGGACGGCACAGUACAUUACUAUGGCUCUAAAUGAUGCUGAAAUAGAAAACUUCCUUAGAGGAGAUAUGUCUGAUAUAGAAGAUCUUAAUGAUGAUGAAGAUGAUCUCAAUGAAGAACAAAUUAUUACUCAACAUAUUGUUGAAAUUACAGAGUUUAUAGAUUUGAAUAAUGCUGAAAUGGACAAUUUGGAAAGAGGACAAUGCCUCUUAGAUGGUGAAAUAUCUUUAACACAAGAUUUAUUAAACCAAAGUGACAAUACUGAAGAAGCAAAUGUUGAAAAAGAAAAUGAACAGUUACCAGCUAAUUGGGUUACAGGUUCUUGGGAAAACCAAAGAUACUCAUUUAAUUCUAUGAUGUCUGCUCCCCCUGUAUAA